GGUUGGAAAUUCCUAUCUCGUUAUACAUUCGUUUAACAACCAAUGAAUUGUUUAUUAUUUAAACGACGGGCUUUAUAGCCUGUGUAUUUAUCUCAUGCGCCAGAGCCAUCUACAAAUUCAACUAGUCAUUAAUCUUAAGAAUAUAUGAAUCGCAAACCAUGGCCUUUUCUGCACUUCCCCCCGAACUACGCAGUCUCUGCCGGAGAUUGACGGCGACAAAAGUAGAGCAGCUUCCAGCUCUGCUACCCUCUCUACUUAGGGACUUAUUGCGUUGCAAAGAACCACUGUCAAGGCCACAUGAGGCGAAGGCGUCUGAUAGUUCCUCCGAAUCGACAGUGCUCGUACAUAAGCUAAAGACUCAGAUAUCUACACUUCUCAAUAGUAGAACCUCUCAGGGCCGCUUCGUAGGAGUGGCGCUAGUAAAAGCUGUGGUAGAAACUGGUGGUUGGGAAUGCCUUCGAACAUCCGAACCAUGGGUCCGAGGACUUCUAUCUAUCCUUCAAAGAAAAGACCCAGCAGUCAUUAAGGAUCUAUGUGUUGUGACCCUAGUGAAGAUAUACACUCUGAUGCAUGCCUACCCGACGUUGAUACGGGAGAUCGUUACACCUACCCUUCCUACAUUUGGAACCGCCUGCCUCCAGAUUUUGAAGCCCCCUACAACUAGCAAAGUUGCUAAAGCACCCAAUAGCCUCAUCGAAACAAUAUUUGAAGGUUUCUCGGUUAUAAUCCCACUAUACCCUACUACUCUACGUCAGUUUGCGUCUAAGCUUAGGGUUGAGACACGAUCGUAUAUUGCUCCAACCGUCUCGGACGGUACAAUAGUUCCAGCCUCACUGCAGGCAUGCAGCAGACGUCUUGUUAUCAGGUUACAUAUGACAGCUGUAAAGGGUGGAGACUCAACUGAAUGGACGAAACAUCUAGAUGGGAUAAUCACUACAUUCCACUCCACAGCCGAUCAGGUCUUCCGGGCAAUCCAGGAGAACUGGGAGUCGGUGUCGGGUCACCCGUCAGAAUCUACGCUGCAACGGGUAGACUUCGAUAAAGAUCCCCAGGGCGGUAGUGACAGCCCAGAUCAAUUGCCCCCUUGGGCUGGCAUUUAUGCGGGCAGCGAAAGAUUGCUCGGUCUACUCGAUUUUAUCUGUGAAUAUCUGCGAUGCUUUACAAAAACGACAGUCACCAUUCCGGUCAGUGCAAUAGUUGAUAUCGUUACGAGGAUAUCCUCAAUCACGCCACCAAUUCCAGGGAAGGAGAAAUCUGCAUCAAUUCAGAUGAACCCAGCUGUUGGUAGAGAGGAGAAAGACGAAUUAUGGACAGUAUUUCCAGAUAUUCAACUUGCUGCAAUGAAGUUGCUAUUUGUUAUGACGCAGCGGCUGGGAAGAAAUGUCCUGCCACUAGCUCAAAUAUCACUUGAACAACUACUACGAAUGUUUGAGACUAGCUAUCGUCUACCUGAAAUCCGGAUAAUAGCCUUCCUCCUAACCAAAGAGAUUAUUCAGCUUUGCGGGCCAACAAUGGAGAAACUUACCGUUGAGGGCUUAAGCCUCAUCAUCAAAGCAUGCUGUCGCGACCUUUUAGGAUCUAGUGGUAAUCUCAAACAUCCUAAGCAAUCAGCUAUUUCUACUCAAAAUGGUCCGAAAUCUAAAUCCAUCAGUCAGAAUGCCGACGCUUUUCUCGGUAACAGCGCCGAGGAUGAAUUCAUGUCUGUCUCGUUAAGUUCAGAGCACGUCUCAGCAGCAACAGCACUCUUGACUACUCUUUUUAGUCAUGUCCCUCAACAGCUUCUCCCUUCUUCACUUCGGGCUCAUAUGCUCAAAACGGCUAUCUUAUGCCAGAUCAAGGACGCGCAGGUGGCAAGCAUACUACAUCCGGUACGAGACAAGAGCGGUAGGACGCCAGCAGUCAUAUUGCCUUAUCUUACGCAACGGUUCCCGCACGACGAAAGUGUGGAAUUACUACGCUUCAACUUUCGACCUAUGGCGACAGGACCCCGGAAUGACGCUAUGGACAUCGAUGAGGCGCCAACUGAAGACGCCUUAGAAGACGAGUCUUCGAUGAAUGGGUUUUCAUUCGAUCGACCACUUGAGACUCCUGUUCCUGGUCCCGCAGAUCAUACCCGUGCCGAAGCCGCUGAGACCUCAGCAAAAGCUCAGGACCUAUUUCUCCCCAAGAGACCGCUAGAGACGGUUCUCAGAUCUGAAGAGGAACGUACCACUGUCGUGCGACCACCGCCAACAAACUUACUCAAGCGGAAGAGCGAAGAGGCUGAAAUUGCCAUUUCCAAACGGGUUGAGAUCGACACGACGGCAACAACGGUAAUCAGCGCCCCUAUACCGGCAUUUAUCAAUCCGCCGAGCCAGGCUCCCAAGACCGGCAGCGUGGGGGCUCCAGACGAGGAGGACAGCAGCGAUAACGAGAGUGUACAUCUAAACAUGGAGCUCGAUGCGGACGACGAUGACGACGACGACGACGGAAUAGAGGAAAAUUAGCGCGCGGCGAAUAGGAGGCUGGCCCGAUUACUCGUCAUCUGGAACGUCACACUCGGUAACUUGGCAAACACGCCGCCUGGUUCCGGAUAAAAAGAUCCCACAUGGCCCUGCACAUAACAUACCUACAUGGGGACUUGGGAGAAGAUGGAGUUGGCCAUAUUUACCUACGUAGUAUAUAUUAAUUGCCUCAUCGUGCAGACGCAAGGCACGCGAGUCGCUUGGUCGCGGAUAGAGACCACGUAAUCCUGUAAAGUGAAGUCGCUUGUUGUUCGUGGGGAGUUGGCAGGUGUUGCGCACGCGAGCUAGUACCAGAGUCGUCAGUCUAUUGUAUAUAUUGAGAUAAGCACUUCCUCGAGAGGGAUGCCGUUCUAUAUAAAGUCUUGAGUAGCAGUUCUUAUGAUAGAUACCCUGGUAACUUAGGGUAAUUU